AUGGCUUCGACUCUUGCUGUUGGACUUGGCGUCGGCGUGGCUGCUUUCCUGGGCCGCGCUGGUCUAGUCGCCUACCGCCGUUCCAAGGGCGGCGUGAACGCUGCAGGCAAGGCAUUCUACAAAGGAGGAUUUGAGCCCCGUAUGACCCGCCGCGAGGCUUCUCUGAUUCUUGAGCUUCCGGAACGCCGUCUGGACAAGGACAAGGUCCGCAAGAAGCACCGUCAGCUCAUGCUGCUCAACCAUCCCGACCGUGGUGGCAGCCCGUACCUGGCCACCAAAAUCAACGAGGCGAAGGAAUUCCUCGACAAACACACUUGA